AUGUUGUCGUCGUCCAGUAAAACAACGACCCUGGAGGUGUUUUCCCCAGCCACGACCCCCGGAGCCACUCAGGGGGACGACCUGCCUCUGACCUCCACGACCCAGCUCCCCCCUGCCGGAUACCAGGUCAGAUACCGAGUCGCUCGACCGCCCCCCCCCCCUCACCCACCGCUUCCCUUGCAGAAGGUCGAGUGCCAGACGAGCAUCGACGACCUGGAGCGGGUGAGCUUGAGCGGGCGGGACGUAAGCGGAAACCAGCCCCUUCUGAGCACCCAGGAGGGCAGCGGCUUCCCCGUCAGCGUCGCCCCGGCCUCCAAGAUCAGCGGCCUGACCCACCAGAAGGAGCGGUUCCUCGCCCAGAACGGCGGCCUCUACUGGCAGAAGUACGGCGACGACUCUCCGUACUACUACACCCCGAUCCCGCAGACCACCUACGCGCCCAACGACUCUCCCGCCUUUGGCCACCCGGGCAGCCCCCCGGACGUGUGCCCGACGCCGCCCAAGCACCAGCAGCAGCAGCAACAACAACCCGAGCAGCUGCGGCAAGAGGAGAUGCACCAGCAGAAAGAGCAGGGCCUUCAGCGGGGUUCCAGCCAGACCGACGACCAGGUGUCCCUCGCGUCCUACAACAGCAGCAACUCCAACCAGACAGCUCGGGUCGUGUCUCCCGCCAACAGCCAGAUGGCCCUUCAGGCGGAAAACGUCUUGCUGCAGAGACAGUCGAGUCUUCCUGAACAGCCAGCUCAGCCUCAGCAUCGGCCGCGGCACCACAACCACCACCAUCACCAGCAGCAGCCGAAGCAGCCAUUGCAGCAGCAGCCUGUUCCGUAUUACUCGUGGAGCCCUCAGGGACAGCAGAGCCGCGAGAGUCAGCAAGGCCAAGGCAUGCAGCAGCAGCAGAUUGGAGCCCGGCCGUGCGUGCAGCAGCCUGACCUCUACAGCAUGUUUCCAGACCGCCCAGGACUUGAACUCGGCUACGCCACCGUGGGCCCUCGAGGCUCCCGCUCAACCCCCAUGAAGUUCUCGACCCUGCAGCGCUCGAGGCCGUCCUCCUCCUCCUCCUCCAGCACCCCCGUCUCCGCCUCCCACGUUAUAUCUCCGCUCGACCUCCAGGGGGCGCCCUCGCACCGCCACGCCAGCCACGAGUAUGCCAACACCCACUACGCCACCGCCACCGCCGCCGCCCACGCCCCCGACGCCCACUACGCCUCGACGCUGACGCGGGACGGCCAGAACGGACACAAGCUGACCCGGAGGCCCAGCUACGACCAGGCGCCGCACGCCCACGCGGGCCAGGAGGACAGCGGCUCCUCGGGCUACGGAGGCAGCCCCCGCCAGGAGAUGGGGCCGGGGAAGGGCGGCCCGCACGUCACCACGCCGCCUGUGACGAGCCCCGGGGCCGGAGGGCUGCCCCGCUCGUCGACGGACGCCUCGACGCCAGCGAACGGAUCUACUUCGACGCUCCGCAGACAGAGAUCUCAGCUCGACGCCGACAAGAAGGCGGUCGCCGACACGUCCCAGGCGCCGGCGCGCGAGGUCAUCAACGGCGGCGGAGGCGGCAAGUACAGCUAAUUGGGCGAAGGAAGGCCGCGUUAUUCCUGUGGUGGUGGAAGGCGAGGAUGAGUGGUUGCAAGCGGUGGUGUGUAGGAGCCGAACUAAGGAUGAGAUUAUUACGUUAAUUUCUUUUUCUUUUUUUUUCUUUUACAUUCUUACUGUGACUUCUACACUAUGUUUAGAAGUUGCUGUUCUAAUGCGGUUGACUUGAGUUUCUCGGAGAUGAAGGUAAGCCUCGAUGAUCGGCAAUGACUGUUACGACGAGCUUCUUCACAUUCUUCAUUCCCUACAGAAGAUUGUUGAUUCGUGAGGGAAAAUACUGUGUAAACUUUGAAAAAGAAAGAUAGAAAAAGUAUAUACGUAUAUAGAGAGAGAGACUUUCUUCUAGAAGACUCGUCAAACUCAACGGUGCAAGUGUUAUAUAUAUAUAUAUUUUUAGAGAGAGAGAAAGAGGUUUACCUCAUGCUUCACAGAUAACUCUUAGCGUCAAAUACCUCAAACAAAAGGCUGUCUCGCUUCCAUAUAAGCUUCAAAACGCAUGUGUGACCUGCCUCUGACCUGCAGUGACUCGGUGCAGCAGCGACCACGAGACGAAGCAUGUCCAGUAUGUCUUAAUGUGUCCUCCUCAGCGAAAUGACCUGACCUGGCAUGACCUCGUCAGUGUUAAUUCUUAGGCGUAAUCCAUACGUGUUUCUCAACUUCCAUUGGUUUAGGAAUCUCACAGGAUCCGGGUUAUAUUUUUUUUUUCUCUCUCUACACGCAAUUGCUCAAGUUUUUUAGAGGGAAAACGGAGAAACAAAAUGAGAAAUGAGUUUUGUUGUUGCGUUGUGAUGUCUUUUUUUUGUUUUGUUGUGUGAUGAUAAUGAGGUACGUUAUUUUCCUUUUACUUGUACAGGCGGUUGCGAGGCUGUUGCUUGUUUGUCGUUUAUCAUUUACACAAGCUGCAGCCACGCAAGGUCUCAAUCCAUUUAUUUAACAUGUUGUAUGUCAGUAGUUAGAGGUCGUAUGUAAUGUGAUGUGUGCUGAGGUUUGCUUUUCGUUUAUACUGUACCUCCUCUUUCAUUAUCUUUCCGUUUCCUUUCUCCGCCUUUCUAUUUUUUUUCAUUCCCUUCUCUUUUCUCUAUCUUCUCUUUUUCAUCUGUCUUCUUUUUUCAAU